CCUGUGUAGAAGGGGAUGCUUCCUACCAACGUUGUAGAAAUGCUCGCGUCUCGUGAAAAACAAGUUUUCUUAUCCGACUCCGAGGAUGAGAAGGCUGAGGCAGAUCCCACUCCGGGAAAGAAAAAGAAAAACUCAGGGCUAGAACCUGUUAUUUUGAACCACAUACCACCUCCUCAAUGCUUACAGAGUUCCAUGGAGUUCUUGAAGAAAAGGAAAAUGCAGGUUCCAAGGUCAUCUUUGGUUUUAAAGAACUCCAACCAAGUACUUCGCCUUAGUUGUGCCCUUUCAAUUUCCGGGUUACGCGAAAGCUGUAAACGACUGUAACAAAGUCAGUUUGAGUUUUCAAAA